ACAGCAUGCACCAAUACAGAGGCAGAGCCUAUAGCUUGCAUAAAAACAGGCGCAAGGGCGAAAAGCCUAUUGCCCGAAAUAAUUUAAAAAUAGGAAGCCCAUAGGACAACAGGGCUUUCGUUUAGCCCCGGGGGUGUUGUGAACCCCUGCACGCGCCGCACGGUUAUGCUCACUCAGCAUAUCGGGUAUGAGCGGACGUGUGGGUUCACACGAUCGUCAGUCUGUAAUACGUAGAGCUAUGAGAUUGUCUUUAGUUUUGAUUAUUAUAACGUGUACAAUAAAAACCAGUAGUUAAAACCAACAGUCGAGUGUAAAUUAUUUAAGGGAAACCUAACCAACGUUGUAAUAAACGUCUCAGUUCGAAAGUACUAGUUGGCUAAAUCCAGAAGCACGACAAACCGCGAACUCUGUAAGCACGGAUUCAACCGGGCUUACAACAAAAUUGGUGUCAGGUGUGGGGUGUUGUCACUCGUCAAGGAGCCAAUUAACUAGAACAUCUCCGGACUACACGAUAGCCAAGCAGUCAACUCUUCCGAGCGACCAAUCAAUUCAAGCGACCAAGCAGCCAAGCAGUCGAUUGACCAAGCAGCCAAGCAGUCACGUGAUUUGGUCUACUCAACAAGGGAGACGUCAGUAUGCAGACUCGGUGCCCAUCGCCCAAGAUGAAGACAACGUUACUGAUAACAAUCGUCAACGGACUGAUCGCCUUAUCGAGAUGCUCCGACCAAUACAACAUAACGCAGUUCGAUAGCCCACCGAUGUACUACCACGCUAUGGGAAACCUAUGCAUAACGGACUCUUACUGGAACCUACUGACCUAUGUAAAUCUCAAAAAUUACGACGAACAAACGCGGAUGAUCGACAAGGGAAUAGAACAUGUAACCCAGGAAUGCAAAAAAUUGUACGGGACGACAGCUGCCUGCGAGCAAUUUGUAGUCCAGGCCAGUGCUAUUAUGAAACAAAUUGAAAGCAAUCGUCUACGUGUUUUAUCCUCAGUUCAUAAAACUGCGCACGACAUAAAAAAAAAGAGGGUUAUUUAACGCUGUCGGUAGAGUAGCUAAUGUACUUUUCGGUACAUGUGACGAGAGUGAUGCUGAAAAGUUCUACAACCAAAUAAAUGAGUUCAACCGGUUCAAGCUGUCCACUUCUCAUCUGAUGCAAUCCCAGACCACAAUAAUUAGAAAUACGGUGAACGACAUCAACGAGACAAUGCAGAGUGUGAUGAAACAAGCCGAAGUUGUCGACGAUUUAAUAACACAUGAGCGGAUAACAGAGAUGCAAUCAAACCUUAUUCUCACAAUCAACCUUCUUUCGAUAGAGGUAGAAAAUUUGGUAGACAUUGUUAACUAUGCAACGCUCGGACAUAUCCACAGUAGUAUAAUGAGUCCGAAAACCAUCACACAACAAAUGAGUGAUAUUAAAAGCAAAUUACCGCCAAAUUCCGAAUUUCCGUUAGAAAUAACUACCAAUAGUAUAUCAGAUUUUUUCAAAAUAGCUACGGUUACAGUGAUAAGUGUGGAUGACACAUUAAUUUUUUCUAUCGAAAUACCCGUCACAAAUGGAAUGAGAUUUAUGAUCUACGAAGUCAUACCGCUACCUAUGCAGCUAACUCAGGAUCAAGUUAUUGUAAUCGAAGCUGAAUCAGCAUACUUAGCAGUGGACAAAACGCAAAAGAAUUUUAUUUCAUUCGGGGAACAUCAGCUGACAGAAUGUAUAGUUCUGAAAAACGCCUUCGUUUGUCCAAACGAACACCCCAUCGAUGUCAAUGACCAAUUGCAAAAUUGUGAGCAAAGUCUUUUCAAUAGUCCACCUAGUAUACCCAAUAAUUGCAACAAAAAAAUUCUCUUUUCGAAACCCACAGUCUGGCACAGACUAGCAGGCGAAAAUACAUGGCUGUUCGUAGUUCAAAACGAAGCCAUCACAAUACCAUGCGAAAACGAUAUACAACCUAUAAGAGUAACAUUAAACAACAUAGGGAAAAUAAGUAUCAACCCCAAAUGUAAAAUAUACACAAAAAAUACCAUACUGAUUCCCACGCGAAAAUUUAAAUCAAAAGUUUUCAUUGACUUUUUCCCUAAUAUUCCUCUAAAUAUAAUUCCAAUUAAUUUUAAUAAUACCGGAGGCGUCGAUAGACGACAUAUUUCAACUAAUAAGGGCAUUCAGUAUAAUUUCAAAAAUUUAGCUAGGGACGCGGGAGAUUUAAAAUCCUUACAGGAACAGAUAACCGCCGAGCUAAAUAAUAAUAAUAAUCAACAAAGGCACACUUACACCACGACAACGGUGACUAUAAUUGUAAUAAUAAUAAUUCUAAUUAUAUUAGUUAUAUUAUAUGUAUUGUAUAGAAAAUUAAGUACAUUAAAAAAUAAAUGGAAACCCGGGGGCACCGGAAGUCCUAACGUCCUAUCUUCAACAGCAUGCACCAAUACAGAGGCAGAGCCUAUAGCUUGCAUAAAAACAGGCGCAAGGGCGAAAAGCCUAUUGCCCGAAAUAAUUUAAAAAUAGGAAGCCCAUAGGACAACAGGGCUUUCGUUUAGCCCCGGGGGUGUUGUGAACCCCUGCACGCGCCGCACGGUUAUGCUCACUCAGCAUAUCGGGUAUGAGCGGACGUGUGGGUUCACACGAUCGUCAGUCUGUAUUACGUAGAGCUACGAGAUUGUCUUUAGUUUUGAUUAUUAUAACGUGUACAAUAAAAACCAGUAGUUAAAACCAACA